UACAGAAGGUACCAGAUUACCUGGGCAAGGCGGUUGGAAAAGAGCUGGGCAAAGACGAGGCUUUGCAAAUGUUGCAAGGAAUCAAGGUCAGUAAGGGAUGGUCAGUUAGAAAAGUUAUUGGGGGGGGGGGAGGUGCGGAAUUCCAAAGCCCGUGAGUUUUCUAAUGGUCCAUCCCUAAUCUACAGCUAUAACUCCCAGUUAGAGCUGGUGAAAGGAAUCUUCGCACAUUGUGUAAUCAACAGGGUCCGUAUGGACGACAUUAAAGCACUGUGGGCGAAAAUUUAAUGAGUGGAAAAUAUUUUAGUGGGGGUGGGGGGGAGGGAGGUGGGCUAAGCACGUAGGGGAUAGGGAGGAAUUGAAAAAAGGAAGGGGUUGGGAUUGAGAUUCCCUUUCGCGCUUUUCUCCUUCCCCUCUCCCCCUCCCCUUUUUGCGCCUGCCACGCAGGCUAAGAGAGGCUCGGAUUUCAACCGUAUGGCCUGACCAUACUGAUCAUACUAGCUGUGAUUGAAACCCGGGGACCGACCAUUUCUCGAUGGUUUUAACGCCCUUUUGGGCCCAGACAACUACUUUAUGGGUGCAGUGAUGUGAAUGAAUAAAUAAAUGAAUGUUAAAAAGGCGUUAAACUCUAUGGCAGCGUUAAAAUUUGGUACCCACGCACAGUGCCCGACCACGGUACUCGCUGGAGACUGAUAUGAGCACACCCUUUUGUCAAGUACCCUUUUGCCACCCUUUUGCCAAUAGUGGGCACCGGGUCCCUGUGUGUACACCGUUUUUGUCCGGUGUGGGGCAGCCAUUGCUUUGUACUCGCCAUUAAGCUCAUGGUGUUUCAAAAUGGCAUCUGACAGGGCGAAAUACAGUAACUAUGUACAGAGUCACAUAUCGGGUACUCAAGGUGUGAACAUAGCACUAUUUUGUGCCAGGACCCAGGCACUGGUUCUCGGGCACACAGUGUGGACAGCCCCUAAGGCUCUGUGGACAUUUGGUUCCCGGGCAAGGUGCCUGACUGACGGUACUCGCUGGGCGCUGAUGUGUACACACCUUUUUUUUUCAUGAAUUCGGGUACAGUGAUUCGUAUUUUUCAAGUGACUUUUUUCUACCCUCGUCGGCCUCAUGGCUGCAUAAGGACCCUAAUACAUACAGAGUGGACAAGCGUGUAGCCUGCGAUCAUGCCUGUAUCUCCAUCUCUUCAUCCCCUUCCGAAAAAAAGACAAUAAAAUAAAUAAAUUAAAUAGUAGCGCCUAUUUGCUAGCCUGCGUAGCAGGCGCUUGGAAGUAGUGGGUGCAAGAAAGAGCGAGCACGCGAGAGGGAGACACGCGCGCCCGCUUUUUCUUAGGCCUGCUACGUAGGCUACCUAUUUGCAGGGUUUCAGCGCACAGCAGACGUCUCUUAAUUCCAUUUUUCAAUGAAAUAUGAUAGAUAUGACCCACAGACUAAGGCUGUGUUCACUUUUUACCGGAUAGCUUCACGUGCCGACACGAAGAGCUAUAGUAUAGUGUGAACACCUAUCCGAUAUGUGACUUCACUUUAGAGAACAGCGUGGCGCAGCAUCGCUGCGUUACAGAAAUCGCGCUGAAAUCAUCGUUAUUAUGCGUGAACAGAAGCCCUAUCCGGUAUGGUUUUCGUGCCGACACGAAGAGCUAUCCGGUAUAGUGAACAUCUGAUCCGAUAUGUGACGCUUCACUUUAGAGAAAGCGUGGCGCAGCAUCGCUGCGUUACAGAAAUCGCGCUGAAAUCAUCGUUAUUAUGCGUGAACAGAAGCCCUAUCUGGUAUGGUUUUCGUGCCGGCGCAAAAGCUAUCCUGUAUAGUGUGAACACCUAUCCGAUAUGUGACUUCACUUUAGAGAAAGCGCGGCGCAGCAUCGCUGCGUUACAGAAAUCGCGCUGAAAUCAUCGUUAUUAUGCGUGAACAGAAGCUCUAUCUGGUAUGGUUUUCGUGCCGACGAAAAAGCUAUCCGGUAUAGUGCGAACAUAGCCUAACACUUGAGUUGUUCUUUUAUUCGUCUGAAAGUUGCGCCGCUCACAUGAUGAACUUUUCUUUUUCAUCAGCUCUAUGCUAAAGAUCACCCCGGAGUUAUCCUGCUUGAUCCACUGGAGCCAGUUUGUAAUUUGCUUGACAGAACAAGAAGUUACCAGGUCAUGAAAGAAUGUGCAAUUACUUCAGAGAAAGGUAACGUUUGAAUUAGUCUGCAAGCAAGCUCUUCAUUUGGGGGAGACGCGAGAAGUCACGCGAGAACAACACGCAAAAGGAGGCGCUCGCCAUAAUAGACCUCUUAAGGUUGUAUGUUUUGUUCCCAAUGUAGAUCAUGUGAUAAUAGUAAAGAGAACUGUCUCCUUCAAUUUUCGAAUUAUUCCCGGCAUAUGUACGCAUAAUUUCUGAAAGGAGAAAGUGUCAAAUUCCCCUGAGACCUGUUUUAGGAAAACAAAACGUACAAGCUAAAGAGGUCUAUUGGAGAGCUUGUUCGCAGCCUCGCACGCUACAUUUGAAUGUAACUUUAACUUUGUCAUACGCAAUUAAACACAAAAAAUGUUAACUUUUGUAAGGAUCUGAUUUAAAUCUCCCGCCUUAAAUAUAUUUAAUGCUCAAAACGUAAAAAACUACCUUCACUUUGCCGGAUGUAAAUCACUUGUUUUUCUUAAUAUUCUCAGCCCUCAAGGAUUUUGUUUUCAUACUGCUUUCUGUUUUUAUGUGUUUCCUGACUAACCGGGAAACUUAAGCUCAAGCUAAUGCGUCAUUAUUUUCUUAACUUCCUUACUUUGUUGUCGGUUAUCUUCCCUGAGUUAUUUUUCUUAUGUCUGUUUAUACUUUCCCUCCUCAUUUAUUUUAUUUUAGGGAUAAGGGCGGUGGUGCCUAAUUUUGUACAAAUUGACGUGUUGGAUAUUAAAGAAAACUUGAUGAAAAUAGAGAAAGCAGGUGUUUCGUUUCCAAUGAGUAAGUUGACGUUAGUUCGGUGUUGUAAGUUAUUAUUCUCUUUAUUCUAUAUUCCUGAUAACGAUUAUGACAAAGAUUUAAUGUAAAGGUUCUAUCGCUAUCUAAAUGUUUUUAAGCAAAUACAAAGGGAGUUCAUGUUAAUAACCUUAUAGUUCAUGUUAGUUUUGAUUUUCUCCAGUUGUCUUGUCAAAAAAACUUAUAAACGUGCGAUUUUUGGAGCAAUAAAGAGAGUACAGUAAAGUUUUUUCCGCUUGCGGGUCACAUGACAUUCUCGUCCUGUUGUCCACCUACGAACUCUCGCAAAACAAUACUUUAACAUAAAAGAUAACCUGCGUAGCAUGCGCUAUUAAACAAUUUUUCCUUGAGCCCGAAUGGGCUCUGAGUCAAUGGCCCUUGAGGCCGAAGGCCGAAUGGACCAUUGACUCAGAGGACAUGAGGGCGAGAGGAGUAAUUGUUUUAGUAAAAUUUAACUAGUUGGUCAAAAAUGUAGAGACAAAACAACUUUAUCUAGUUAAAGCUAGACUUUAAUCCUUUUUUGCCGCCAAAAAGCCGGCGCUUUCCGCUACUAGUGGGCUAUAACAUAUAGCCUAGUAGUAGCUCAACCAAUCAGAACGCGGCAUUGAUAAUAGACCACUAGUUGGAUUUUUCUAAAAAGCAAUAUGGGCUCAAAAAUGAACGGGGCGCGCACGGGGAGACACGCCAGGGGCUCUCUCCUCGUGUGCCUUCCUCGUGCGCCCCGUUCUUUUUUGCACCCAUAUUAUUUUUUAUCUGUCUGCUACAUAAAACACCUUGGUCAGGGAUCGAACAGCUGUAUAAAAUUACUUAGCAGAUAACUAGUGUAAAUGGACCGUGAGGUUCACUCAGGCGCGACAUAGCGGCCGGAAGGACUGAGUGGGGAGUUUUUCGUAGAGAGGUCACCUGAUUGGAAAAGAGAAAUAAAGGACUUUGGACCGGAAGGUCCAACGUACCUCCCCGCUGGAAGAGGAGCGUUGGUUGACGACACUAAAAACGGUUGCUAUGGAGACAAGAAGUCCCAGUAAUCGAAAACCAGUUUUAUAGUAAGCCUUAUUAUCAAUUGGUCUGUACGUUGGUUUACUUUAUAUUGCUUAUUUCAGUUUCUAAGCCAGUGAUUGCUGAUGGAUCUGAUGUAUCUCAUAAGGUUAGUCGUAUUCCCUGACUCUAUUUCAGUUCCUGCGGGGUAGUCUCGUUGCCCAGGACUCUUGUCCAGCUCUGAUCUCUGAUCUCUGAUCUGCAGAGGCCACUUGGUGUCAUACGGGUAGGCUGGGGAGAGGGAAAAUGAAAUGAAAGCGCGAGGUGAACAAUUUAUCAUAAUCCACCGCCUGUUUUCGUCGUAGGAAUUACAGUAAUACUGCUAUUUGUAAUUACAGUUACGAUUAUUAUAGCGUUUAAGUGGCACAAAAAGCACGGUACAAGAGAUUUGCAACAAAACUUUUGCGUAUUCCUAUUCCGGAAUACGAUCAAUCGAAGUAAGCUUUCUCGUACGGAAUCGCUCGCUACGCGGGAUUCUUUGGCUCCUAACUACUUUUUUUUUGUAACAUGGAUAGAUUAUUCGAGCUACUUAUUGUCAUUUCAGAUGGCGGUCAUAUUUAACAAAGAAGGGCUGAAGGAUUUAAUGCCGCCAUGCGUUAUUCAACAGUUUGUCAACCACGACGCAAGACUGUUCAAGGUUGGCCAGUUUUAAAUAUAUCUGACCUACUUAUAAUUUUGUCAUUUCUUAUAUAAGAGUGCUAACUCUUCCAAGGACCAUGAUAUCAUGCCUUCGGUAAUAUUUACGUUCAACAUUAGAUUGGUUUACAUUGAGUAUUUUCCGGGUGGGAUAAGAUGCUUUGUAUCGGGAAAAUGGGUAAAACUGCGUGUGUGACCGCUUCUUCCCGAGAUAUUUUAACUCGCGUUUCUGAGUCACCCUAUAAAACAUCCAAUCAUGCAGAAGAGUGGUUAUAAAAUUAUCUCGCGCAAAAGGUGUACCGCCGCGGCGUGGCCCACGGUAAACGGAAAUCUUGAGUGCCGCCUUUAUAUCGGGAUCUAAAACAGUACAAAUAAUGCCGAUAAUGUAACGCGAGAAAAGUACCAUGGAACAUUGCUUCUCUCACGGGGUGACGACCACUACUGUAAAGUAAUUUAGUUUGUUGAUAAAAUCAUCUAAUAUUUGUAAUUUUCGUCCGCCAUACAGGUUUAUGUGGCAGGUAAUCAUCGGUAUAUUGUUCAACGGCCAUCAAUAAAAAACUUCUACAACACUGGUGGUACGUGCAUGUGACACAUUUUAAUUAGGAAUUAAGAUUAAAAUCAUAAUUCAUAAUAUUGAGAAUAUUACGAGAAAUUUAUAUCGAAAUUAAUAUAUAAUUCCGAUUCCGCGUAGUUCCCUUCGGGCGGGAGAAGUUUGGAAAAUACUAAUUGCAGAGAAUUGAUUGUUUGACUUGUAUUCCUUAUUCUUGUGAGCAUUGACUGAUUUUGAAUCGAUUGGAAAAGGACCAUAAGUUUUAUGUUUCUCAUAACUACAAAUCCCGCUCUAUUAUUGGUCAGAACAAGUAUAUUUCCUAUUUCUAUAGCACGCGCCUGACGUCAUCAUGCACUUUCUUUUUCAAAACCAUGACGUCACCAGCAAGAGUAGUAUGUGCCCACGUCGUGAGAGAAUAAACGAAGCACUUGUUUUUCGUGAACUUCUUGAGUUGUAUAGUCCCUUGGCAAUUUGCCGAGAACAAAAGUUGACUUCCAUCUUAAUUUGACGUCUUUGUCUUGCGUAGAAAUUUCUCCUUACAGAAUGCAACAGUUGUCAUAACGCUCAAAUUACCGCGUUAAAAGAUGAUUUGUUGUGUGACAGGACGCCGCAGACUUUGCUGUUUUUGUUGAGCGACAAAUCGCGCGAUCGUCCUUAUAAACAGCCCUUAAUUUUGGCUAGUUCGUGCGCUAUAUAAGGUCAACUCGUAGAGCUUGGGCUACCUGAGCUCAAAUGAUACCGUUUAAAAGUCUUUUUCUGUUUGUUUUUACAGCCAAGGAUAGGGAAACAAUAUUCUUUUUAUCGAACGAAAUGUCGAAAUCUUAUUCAGCCUCCUAUCUUCACAAGGUAAGCCUAGUGCAAUUGAAUUGUUUUGUUAACUCUGUUAGAAAAAGGUAGUGAUCAGCGCUUGGUAUGCAUACCUUCUCUCGAUGCCGUCAUCCUCGUCUUCAUCAUUGUUUUUUUUUGCGUUUAGAUUUUCUUCUUUUCUUUCUCUUUUGUAGACUUUUACUCUAUUAUUUUGUUGUCCAGGCUUAUCUGUCUUUCUUCUCUUUGUUCUUUGUUCACUUGUUUUUCGUUUUACCAUUUUGCCAUCUCUCUUCCCUUCUGUUCUCUUCCUCUUUUUCCUACUAUACUUGUCCUUACUUAGUCAGAUCGAGUUUCGCUAGUAGUACAUCGGCCGACAAUGCGUCCUUCCAGUAGGUAGCAACCAACCUCGUUCCCAGGGUUCUCUCCUAUUCCGGCGUCCUUACGAGUAGAAGAGAACCCUGGGAACGAUGUUACAUGGGUAGCAACAAGUGUACUGGUAGUAGGCUAGAGCUCCUGCUGAAUUGCGACCUUUCAACUGGGGGUUAGUAGUUUGCAAUAUAAUCUUUGUACAGAUUGUUGGUAGAGGAAAUAUGAGUAAAAUACGGCUCGUGCUUUGGAAUUAGCUCACCCACACGUGGGUUCGGAAAACUUUUUCUAGCUGAUGAUAGAAUGGAAAAACAACGUGCAAUUGUCUAUCGCCAUUAUUUUCUCAUUGAAUAAACCUUUUCAGUUAAACCUAAAUGCUGUUUAUGUAAAGCAAAUGUUAGUUUUUUUUCGAAGCGUAACUUUUCAACUUGGUUUGUUUAAUAGUUAGAUGAAGAUGACGAUGAAGACAGCUCUGUAUAUCCUGAUGACAAACUUGUGUCGGACCUUUUAGAUAAACUAGAACGAAAACUGGUAAGGUCACUGAAUUGUUUGUGAGCAUACACGUCUUCUUGAAAAGAAUCCAAUGUCUUAAAAAGGUGCGCGAGAUGAUGAAGGUUACAGGGAUACCACCUUUUCACUAUAGCGGAGAAAACGUUUCUACAAGCAAAUGACAAAUUAACGUGCCGUAUUCAUUUUUAGGCCCAGUUUAUAAAUCGCACUUCUGUCGUCCGAACUUAAUUGUUGAAUUAAGUUUGACAAAAGUACGGCAGAGGCACGAUGUCUGAAGAAAAAUUUUGACUUUGGUUUGGCAGAGCAAAGUUCGCGGACAAGCUCUGCUGCACGACUGAUGCUACACGACUCUGGCACGGCAGUGAUUCAAACGCCGUGCUUGUUAAGUGUGUCGAACUAAAUUCAUAAAUUUUGGAAACUGUAUUUUCUCGGGAUUUGUGAUCAUGAUUUUGUUUCGGUUACCACUGACUUGAUACUACUUACACGGAAAUGGAGUUCGACUCUGGCUCGACGUCUGAAUUCAUGCUUUUGUCACGCUUCUGUACGUAUAACCCAGUUAUCAUUAAGUUCGGCACGUAGCCUGCGUAGCAAGCGUUUCCGCGCGAGUUCGUCGAGAUAGUUGGGACAAGAGCCAAAAAAAAAAAAUGAAUGACCUCCACUCUAACUUUCGCACAAUAACUCGAUUGGAAACGCUUGCAACGCAGGCUAUUCGGCACGGUAUGCAGAAGCAGGAUUUAUGGAACUGUAUUUAGUGUCUAAGAGUGCAAAUGUGAUGGCAUCCAGAUCUGAGAGCAUUUAGUGUCUGGAAAUUAGAGCGUAACAUUUUUUAUUUUUCUUUUUAAAUCAGAAUUUGACAUUGUUUGGUAUCGACUUGAUCGUUGAAAAAGGAACAGGGCAUCAUCUUGUAGUCGACAUCAAUUAUUUCCCUGGUAAGAGAAAUUUUUGUGUCUUAAAUGCACGGAAAUAAAAGAUAAUAAUGAUCAUGAAUAAUCAAAGAUUUAGAUGAUAAUGGAAAUUUUCUUUAUGUUUUUGAAUGUACAGUUGUAAAUUUCGCUACGUAUAGGCAAUUUACAAAUGCUGCCUGAGACUGCAUUAUUCAAAAAAAAAAAAGGAAAAGAAGAAGAAAAAAUCAAAAUUGCAUUAAGUCUGGGCUAUCCCUAUUCCUGUUUCUACAACAAAAGAUGUAAUAUGUUGCUCUAAUGGCUAUAUUUAUCAUUUUCUUGAUUACAUAAAGUUGCUGCUUUUUGUUAAUGCCAAUGUCAUUCAUCAUGUCUAAGAACGUGGAGCAUUCGUGGGAGAAAACGCCAAGGGAGCUCAAGGAGAGAUUUACAAAUUUCACACUUCUGUAAUUUCUACUCAUUUCUUUGAUCAACUUCAGAUAUUUUUCUUUUUUAGGCACUGCAUUGUUAUUAAGGUUAGACUUGAAAGCAAGGACUUGGACUGGAUAAUAAUAACGAUAAUAAUAAUAAUAAUAAUAAUAACAAUAAUAAUAAUAUAAUUAUCAUCAUUAUUAUCACCACCACCCCCACCACCACCACCACUACCAUCAUCAUCAUCAUCAUCACCAACAUCAUCAUCGUUAUCACCAUUUUCAUUAUCAUUAGCAGCGCUUCGAUGUGAAAACUGACUGUUAUUAAUCAUUUAUCUUUGGUUCGAUGUUUAGGCUACGAUGGUGUGCCCUCCGCUCCGGAAAAAAUCACAAAGUAUGUGCACGAGUUGCUCGACGAAUCCUUCAAAAGAGAACAACUGGAAGUUCAAAGAGCCUUUUGACAUCUUAGAGGAGGCAUUAUAAAAGCUAAAUCUCGAAAAAUGUCUUCACCAAGCAAAUGAACGAAACAAUAGCCGUGCAUCUACAUCGCAUCCAUGUGUGGCUACUUCAGGGAGUGUGCAGCAAUAAAACUCCACAUUAGGUUCUUAAGCAGUCAUCUUGUUCCACAGCUUAGCGGCGGAGGUGAAGACUACGUCUAAACGUUGUUUGACGUCAAGAAUUCGCUCACAUGGAAACUAUCGCCUGUUCCACAGUUCCAUACAUUUGGGCGCUUGAAAGUUUAUCAAUCGUCUUUGCUAGGACAAGCUAUACCCUAUUAUUUCUUUAUCGAGUGAUCUUUACCCUUCACUUGUGAGACCUCUGGCUAGCAAGAGACAAAACUUUCUAAAUCAACGGUGAAUCUUGUGUUUUCUCUUGAGAGUGACUGAGUUAUCUAUCAGCUUUCUCUCAUAACAGGGCAGUCACCUGGAUUUGCCGCUGCCACAACUUUUGAGAAGGCGGAUAAUUUAACAGUGAGGAAGUUCUUUUCUUUAUAUUUUUCCUUUCGUUUCCUAUCAAAGUCGCUUGGAGUCAUGCUAAUACAUAUGGAAGCCGAGGGAAACCUCGGCCCGCGGCACUUAGUCAGACUUAGUGGCAGCCCUGUUAAAUUCUUCUCCCUCUUUUUAAAUUUCUAACUUACGUUAGUGUAAAUGUUAAUUAUUUAAUACAAAAUUUAUAUUUGAUAUAAAUAUGGACGGUUCAUUAAAUAUACAAUUUUGGAGUCAUUACAUUGUUGGAGAGUAAUGAUCACCUCAUUUCUAGCUUUAAUAAAAGGUAAAAAUUUCUUUUCGUAUUUUUUGGUAUAUAACAUGUUUUUACCUAUUAAAACUAGUUUUUCCUGUGAUGUUUGAUCGUGAGUUUUUUGCGAAGGUUAAUAAAAUUUAUACCAACCCGAAAUAUAUUUAAGAGUUACUGUUAAGGGGAAAGAGCCCUUGAAUAAGUCGAUGUCAUCUUUGAUUUUAUUGCUUCUCGUUGUUUGAAAAAGCAAGGCAACCGUUUUGUGACUUUUUUUCCAAGGAUUUAUAUUAUCGUGGUUUAUUUAU